CUUCGAAUUACGUGUCCCUGCAGCAAUAAGUUUCUGACUUGGCCGAACGGCAACCGCGGUGGCAUUGAAUUCAAAUAUUUCAAGCAAGAAGAACGAGUAAGCCCUACGACUAAAGCACUACAGGGUGUACAUCACAUAUGACUUAUUUUUUUCGACAUUACUUAGAAGUUGGACACAAAUUGCCGAGCGAGCUCGAAUCUUUACAUGAAUGGUUCAAGCCUCCUCGUAAAGUUGACCACACGUGCCUUCCUUUCAUUCAACGGCCGUCAGCAGAAUCGCUGGCUAAAGUCGAUGGCCAAUAGUGUGGUUUGCUCGCGAGGCGCCUCUCCAGAAUUGAUCGCCCAGCUGGGAAAACCACCCAGGAUGCGCACAAACCCGGCAUUCCGGAAGUUGGCAACUCCUGAGUUCCAAAGCAUAUUUACCCCCGAGCUGAAUGACCUUCUGGCGCUCUUCAAGAAGUACGACUACGAGCUGCGGAUCGCCGGCGGAGCUGUGCGCGACAUUCUGAUGGGCAUUUCACCGAAGGACAUCGACUUGGCCACCACCGCCACUCCGGAUCAGAUGAAGCAGAUGUUUGAGAAGGAAGAGGUGCGAAUGAUCAACGCGAACGGCGAAAAGCACGGCACCAUCACACCUCGAAUCAAUGACAAGGAGAACUUCGAGGUAACCACAUUACGCAUCGACAUCCGUACCGACGGACGCCAUGCGGAGGUGAUGUACACGACCGACUGGCAACUGGAUGCGAACCGGCGAGAUUUGACAAUCAACUCCAUGUUCUUAGGCUUUGAUGGCACAGUGUACGAUUUCUUUUAUGGCUACGAUGAUCUCCAGGAGCGUCGCGUUGUCUUCGUGGGCGAAGCAGAUAUUCGCAUUAAGGAGGACUUUCUGCGCAUCCUGCGCUAUUUCCGAUUCUACGGACGCAUCGCGAGUGAAGAAAACAACCACGAUAAGGCCACCCUGGCAGCCAUUAAGGAAAACGCGAAAGGUCUUGCGAGAAUAAGUGGCGAGCGUAUCUGGUCUGAGCUCCAAAAGAUAGUGGCGGGCAAUUUCGGACCUGCAUUGUUUUUGGAGAUGCACCGUUGUAACCUAUUCGAGUACAUUGGGCUGCCUAAAGAGCCAAAUCUGGAUGAUUUCGACCGUUUUUGCAAAGCCCUAGAUAAAUUCGAAAAGCCGCAUCAGCCGAUUUUGUACUUGGCGGGGAUGCUGCACUCCGUGGAAGACGCCAUGGAAAUGCACAAACGCCUUAAGCUAUCCGCCUACGAACGGGACCUGGCUAGGUUCAUCACCCAGGAGCGGGAAAAGGUUGGCUCACAUUACACGACCCUGCGGGACUUACAGAAGUUGUGCUUACAAAAGUAUAUUCAAAGGGAUUUCGUAGAACAGUUGCUGAAAUACUCUGGCAAACUGGAACUCUACAACCAGCUCAAGUCGUGGGUCAAGCCGGACUUCCCGAUCAGGGGAAAUGCUUUGGCUCAGCAUGGUCUGAACGGAGUGAGGCUUGGUUUGGUGAUGGAUGAACUGAAACUUCUUUGGGCAGACAGUGAUUUUCAGCUAACACACGACGAUUUACUGAAAAAGAUUCCCAACGUGCUGGAAAAGAUACCUAGCUCUCCUAGUAAAGCGAAGCGAUCGAAGUAGUAUUGAUUACAUUUACAUAAAUGUAAUCGAUGUAAAUAAAUAUUUGUGUUUUCCGUGCAUUUUCGGAUAAAUUUCA